AUGUUGGCCCUCGGAGAUACCAUUUUACGUGCUUUCAACUUUGUCUUCCUUGUCAUUGCCCUUGGUCUUGCAGGUUCUCUUGCUGCCACCACUGUCUACCAAUCCAACCCCCAAGUAAACUUUGCCGUAUUUGCUGCUGCCUUUGGUAUCUUAACAUCUACUUUCUAUGGUAUCUUGGCUUAUUUGUUUGCUGCCUUUGCUUGGCCCGUGAUUCUUUUCACUUUUGAUUUUUUGAACUUUGUCUUCACUUUUGCUGCUGCCACUGCCAUCGCCGCAAACAUCCAUGUUCACUCUUGUUCAAACCAAGCUUACAUUGAAAGUAACAACAUUGCUCAAUUUUCUAGUGGAAGAUGUAGAAAGGCUCAAGCCUCCGUUGCCUUUUUAUACUUUUCGGCCUUUAUUUUUGUUGCUUCCUCCAUCUUUAGUUUCAUUAGUUUGUUGAACGGUGGAUUGUUUGGUUCUACCUCCAGAUCCACUCCAAGAGUCGGUGUUCCAACCAUGUCUCAAGUCUAA